UAGAGACAAGAAAUGACAAAGAUGAUGAGAUCGUUGGUUUUAACGUUGUCUGUGGUCAUCUACCUUUCUACGGCAAUUCCUAUGUAUGAGGCUGAGGAGAGAGUAGUUUCUCUAGUCAAACGAGGAGAUUCCUACAUUGAGGACGGACUGUAUGAUUGUCAUGCGAAGAAAAGCGUGAUGAAAGCGUCAGACUUACAUGAGGCUGCAGAGGAGCGGAUAAAGGAGGUUUUCAGAAAGAAGAGAGCUGCAGUUGAUGAUGGUAUUAAAGUUCUCUCAUCCAGGACGAGCCAAGUGGUACAAAUGAAGCAGAAGGUGAACAACUAUACUGCUCGUCAUGCCGCUGCAACUUAUUGCGCCAACAAGAGCAAGUUCCUCUCCAAAGGAAUAGCGAAAGAAGUGGGAUGCGCUGAUCAAACUAGUGGCACUACCCUGCACAUUCUCUGUCUUUACAGGGUUGAGUUCUAAUCUGGCCGUUUUGCUCUCCCGAACCUUCCAGAUCUUUUAAGUUUUAGGUUCCUUUGGUAGGGAACUUUAUCUGGGAGUGAUUUUCAGUGUUGCUCGAGUAUUUAUCUAACGUUCUAUUAUCUCGAACAUAAUUAUUUGUUUCUGUUGUUAUGUUUGUCAUGAUUUAAUUUAUUUAAGUUAUAAUUUGAAUUUUAAUGAACAAGAUUAAUUUAAUUGAAAUUCAGUUAAUAAAGUAAAUUCUUUAGCCUUCUGUUUGAAUUGUCGUGGAUUGUAUUUAAUUGAUCUAAUUUUCAAUUUUUGUUCAUAGUAGUGUCUAUAAUGAAUACAAGAACAUCUGUGUUGCAUUUGUUUUCAAUUAUCUAAUUUAGAA